CCUCUCAUAGUAUUCGACCGCAUUUCGUUUCAGAUCUGGGAUCACUGGUUGCAAUUCGCUUUCAGUGUCAGUUUGAUGCAGUUCGACGCGUUACUGGCAAAUAUGUACAAAUAUGUCAUACAAAAACAAAAGAGGCAACGUUUAACAUUUAAACAUAAAUGUGAGAUAGUAGAAAAAGUGAAAGCAGGUACUUCAAGACAAUCCAUUUUACAGGAAUACGGUAUCUCUGAACGUGCAUUAAGGAGAUUUGUCGCUCGCGAAGAUGAUUUGAACAAUAAGAGUAAAAAUUAUGAGUAUCUGAAUAAGAAAUCGUCAAGAACAAGCAGUGAUGUACGCUUGGAUGCUGCUGUCUUCGAAUGGUUUAAGCAAGCCAGAGACAGAGGUGAUCCAAUAACCGGGCCGAUGCUCCAAAAAAAAGCUCGCAUUUUAAACGAAAAGUGCAAAAAAGACAAAAAGUUUGCUCCGAAAACGUUUAAAGCGAGCCGUGGUUGGCUUCGGUGUUUCAAGAAACGUUACGGUAUUAUUCGAGGUAUUCGGCUGAAAGGAGAGACAUUGUCCAAUAAUCCUUCAAGUGUUGAAGAAUUUGCGAAAAUUUUGAAAUCAAAAAUUGAAUCCGAAAAUUUAAAGGUAGAAAACAUUUACAAUGCAGACGAGUCAGGAAUUUUCUGGCGAUUAUUGAUGGCGUACACUUUUACUCUACAAUUAAAAGAAGAAGAAGAAGAAGAAGUAGAAGAAGAAGCUUCAAAGAAAGAAGAAUGCAACGAACGCGUGACAGCUUUAUUUUGCGCCAAUUCCUCUGGAAGUCAUCGAAUUCCACUGUUAAUGAUUGGGAAAUCUGAAAAUCCAGGAUGUCUCGAGAAUUUAAUGACCGAAAAUUCAAAAGAUUUACGCUUGAAGAAUUUGGAAAGACUCGGUGUCAUCUACACUCACGAAAACAGUGCAUGGAUGGACAAAUGCAUAUUCCUGCUAUGGUACCAGGAAGUGUUUAUUCCUCGAGUUUCAGAACACCAAAGAAAGUAUGGAAUGACGGGGAAGGUUAUUUUAAUCCUCGAUAAUGCGCCAUGCCAUCCGAGUUUGGAUGAACUAAACGCGAUAAAUGAAAACUUUGAAGUUGUGUAUUUGCCUCCCAAUGUGACGGCCUUCAUUCAACCGAUGGAACAAGGAUUAAUCGCACAGACGAAAAAACUCUUCAAGAAAGAUUUGUUGAGACGUCUCUUGCUCAGCGAGGACUCAGAAGGACCUGAUCAGUUUUUAAAAGAAUUGGACCUUCCUGAUUGCUUUGAAAUGCUCAGCAUCGCGUGGAACGCAGUGGAAUCGUCUUCGUUUCGAAAAGCAUGGAAACCGCUCUUAGGCGACUCAUUUCUUCUAAACAAGGUUCCAGCUUCUGCCAACAUUCAGGAUCCUCUAUCCAACUUUGAUGCAUUGGACAGCGCACCGGAAUCCCCAACUGAUUCGUCAAGUCUUCCUGAUGAAAAUGGCGAUUUAAUUUCUGAACUGUUGUCGGGACCAGAUUAUUCGGUAGAAAAAUCAAGAGAAUUCCUCCUGAAUUGGUUUGAAAAUGAUCAGCUUGGUAACGAUUGCGGUUGGAAGUUAUCAUCAGACAGUGAUCUUAUAAACAUUGUUACAAAUAGACGCGAACAUGAAAUGGCAACUAAAACGAAAAACGGUAAAACUAUGUUUGAAAAUCCUGAUUUUGUAAACUUUGUUACAUGUGGUAAACGUGAACCGGAAGUUGUACCUGAAAAAGAAAACAGGGAAAUUAUGUUUGAAAAACCUGAUAUUAUAAACUUUGUUACAUGUGAUAGACUUGAGUCUGAAAUUGUAUUUAAAAUCGAAAACAGUGAAAUUGAGGGUGAAAAGUGAAACAGAAUGAUAACCGAAUCUCUUUGAUUACGUUCGAGAAAUGGAGGAGGUGAUCACCGAAAAUACAAAGCCCGAAAUUUCGCAAAUUAAAGUGUAGAUAAGAAAUUAACGCAUUAUCUUCUUGUCUCUACUUUUUUUUUAUAAAAUAGUUUAUACAUCAUUUUAAGUUUCGAAAGCUUUAGAUAGUUAUUUAUUUGAAAGAGUUUUCAAACGCAAUUUUAUUUCGAUUUAUGGAAUUUAAUAAAGAAU